GCGUGAAGAGAGAGCGCGCGAGUAUCGGCGCUCCCCCCUGUGCUCUACUCGGAAUCCGCUUCUCGACUUUGUGUUUCCGGGGAUCGUGGUUCUGUGGAUUUCAAUGCAAAUGUGAGGUCUGAGUGCAAGUGAGGACCGGCAGAUCAGCUCUGAAAAAUGAGUCAUUCACUAGACUUAGUGGCGUCGCUUGCCUCAAAUCUGGCUCACAUGCUCCUGAUUCAAGAGAAGACAAAACUCGGCCUGAAAAAGAGUGACAUAAUCAAUCAAGUUCUGCGAGGUCACGCCGAGGAUCGAGCUUCCACGACAAGGCUGCUGAAAGAAGUUCUCGAAGAAGCAAGUCGUCUUCUGGAGAACGCCUUCGGUUACAAGAUCAAGGAGAUUCCAGGAAAAGCUCUCUUCAUCCUUGUCAAUACUUUGGACUUCGAGCAAGUUGAACAGUUCCUCGAAAUAGAUGGCGAAUGGAAACAGAUCCGCGGCUUCCUCUGCAUCGUUCUCAGUUUCAUCCUCAUGUCGGGGGGCGAGAUUCGAGACGAGCAGCUAUGGGACUUCCUCAGGAAUCUUAAUGUGGCCGAAGAUGACAAGAGUCAUCCGACGCUAGGCGACGUGGAGAAACUUGUCAAAACCACGUUCGUUCGAUGGCAUUACCUCGAUUUGAUUAAAGAGAGGCAAGGACUGAACUCUUUCAGAUGGGGAGUUCGCGCGGAGCACGAGUUCAACAAGAUGGAGAUGUUGAACUUUGUGGCGUCAAUCUACGGCGAUGGUCGCACAGCUCGUGAUUUCACUGGAGUUUUCAGACGCCUAGAGGAAGAGGCUCAAGCUGCUCAGUCAUCAGAGAGCAUGAAUGAGAGCUUCCACGUUGACGAGUAACGUGCGAGGAGCUGCGGGUCCAAAUGCUAUGUCUGGGUGCGGAUCACCAUUGUAAAUAGUCUCGGAGCUGAUGUUCUAAUGUGAAAAAUAAAUAAGUCUUCGAUUGAAGGCGCGUUAUAGCA